AUGCAGCUGUUUCUACAUGCUCAAAGCACCCACACUCUUGAUGUGACUGGGAAAGAGGCUGUUGGGGAAUUUAAGGCCCAUGUUGAAUCCCUGGAACGAGUCUCUGCUGUUGACCCAGUGAUCCUUUUGACUGGCACACUCUUAGAUGAUGAUGCCAUCAUAGGUCAAUGUGGUAUCAGUGAGCACUGCACUCUAGAAGUAGCUGCUCGAUUAUUGGGUGGCAACUCUCAUGGAUCCCUUGCUGGAGCCGGGAAAGUCAAAGGUCAGACACCAAAGGUUGCAAAGCAAAAGAGGAAAAAGACUGACCGUGCAAAGAGACACAUGCAGUACAAUUGCUGUUUUGUAAAUGUUGUGCCACACUUUGGCAAGAGGAAGGGACCAAAUUCCAAUCCCUAA